UCCCUUUGUCCCAUGCAGCUUUGGAUGUUUAUGUCAGUCCACGGAGGACAGCAAGGACGUUGCUAGGCUAGUAUCUGUAUGCUGGAUUUGUGAAUGGUAUUAUAGGUCACUAAUCUGCCUCUCUCAACAUAGUCAAAGAAUCCCAACCUGAAGUCUGAAGUUACAUCAGCUGUCCACGUGCUGUCUGAAUCAAACAGUAGAUUUGCUCUGAUUCACAUCUCUGUGUGUCAUCCUUCUGUGGUCAAACCGUCUGCCAAGAGUGGGACAAACAUUCCCUGGAUAUUUAACAGACAUUUUGCUGUUGUCUUGGGGACACUUCAGAGGGACCUUGAUCGCCAGGUCUCCCUCCAGAGGAACUCUGAGGGGUUUCCACUGAAAGGAACAUGUGCUAGAGGUUAUACAUCUGUCCUAAACGACUUGUCGGCUUUGACUCUAGAAAAUGAACAAUGAGGAUGAGUUCUACGACGCCGUCACAGGCCUGGAUUCAGACGAGUCGUAUGAAGGCGUGUCGGAGGCCAGUUUCAAAGAUGCGCUGGUGUUUGACAGCAGUCAGAAGAACAACGGAUCAGUGCCGCAGGAAAAUGGCAUCAAGAAACACAGGACGUCAUUACCUGCGGCCAUGUUUUCCAGAAACACUAUCAGUGUCUGGAGCAUCCUGAAGAAAUGCAUCGGGCUGGAACUCUCGAAGAUCACGAUGCCCAUCGCCUUCAACGAGCCUCUGAGCUUCCUGCAGAGAAUCACAGAAUACAUGGAACACACAUACCUCAUCAACAAAGCCUGUUUAAUGUCCGACUCCAUUGAACGCAUGCAGUCAGUAGCUGCUUUUGCGGUGUCCUCAGUUGCGUCUCAGUGGGACAGAACUGGGAAACCCUUCAACCCUCUGCUGGGAGAGACCUAUGAACUUACCAGGGAGGAUCAGGGUUUCCGGCUAGUAUCAGAGCAGGUAUCCCAUCAUCCCCCAGUCAGUGCCUUCCAUGCAGAGAGUCUGGUUGGGGACUUUGUCUUCCACGGCUCCAUCUACCCCAAACUUAAGUACUGGGGCAAGAGCGUUGAGGCUGAGCCGAAAGGGACCAUCACACUAGAGCUACUCAAGCACAACGAGGCAUACACAUGGAGUAACCCUUUCUGCUGUGUACACAACAUCAUCUUGGGCAAACUAUGGAUAGAGCAGUAUGGUACAGUGGAAAUAGUCAACCACAGCACUGGAGACAAGUGUGUGUUGAAUUUCAAGCCCUGUGGGAUGUUUGGCAAAGAGCUGCACAAAGUGGAGGGAUACAUCCAGGAUAAGAGUAAAAAGAAGCACUGUGUCAUCUAUGGCAAGUGGACCGAGUGCAUGUGGAGUGUCGACCCGCAGGCGUAUGAGGCCCACAAGAAGUCAGAAAGGAAAGGAGACAACAAGAAGCACAAAAAUGAGGAGCAGGAGGGAGCAGAGAAUGAUGACGCAGAUGACAUGCCUGAAGUCCAGGAGACGGUUUCUGUUGUCCCAGGAAGCACUCUGCUGUGGAGGAUAGAGUCCAGACCGGCACACUCUGCUACGAUGUACAACUUCACCCACUUUGCAAUGUCUCUCAAUGAGCUGGAGCCUGGCAUGGAGGCCAUCUUGGCCCCCACAGACUGUCGCUUCAGGCCCGACAUCAGAGCCAUGGAGAACGGCAACAUGGAGGAGGCCAGCAGGGAGAAGGAGAGACUGGAGGAGAAACAGAGAGCUUCCAGAAAGGAGAGAGCCAAGAAUGAGGAGGAGUGGCCUACUAGCUGGUUCCAGAUGGGCACCAACCCGUACACCAACGCCCCGGGCUGGCUCUACACCGGUGGCUACUUCAAUAGGAACUACCAGGACCUGCCCGAUAUCUACUGAUAGCCAGCUCGCCUUCAUCCUCCUCCUCUUCCCCCUUUAUAACCUGCAAUGACCUGCCUGUCAUGAAAUGGAAAGAAAUUAAUCCAUGUACCCAUCUUCAUCUCACUGCCUUCAUCAUCAUCACCAACAGACCGACACACCCAGCUUAGAUUGGAAAGACCCGUCGCUUCUCACAAGUAGAAGCUUGCUUCGUCUGCAGAGUCUUCAGGCUUCUUUUUGUUACCUUCACUCCGGUCUUAUUCUCAUCACGUGUGAUUUCAUCACAUAACGACCAGCAAACGUUUCCCAUCUCUCUGCCCCGGCAUCGUUUAGAGCACAAGCACCAUUUUAUUCCCCACCAAUCGCAGCGGCAGAGAGCUGGUACGUGUGAAACAACGGCCCACAAACUCUCAGAUCUGAAUGUUUAACGACUUUACAAUCAAUCAAACUCCUCCGAGAAACCACCGGCCGAGCCUCUGGACGGCCACAUUUAAAACAGUCACGUGUCAUUAAUGAGUAGAAACAACAUGAAGUAAAACAUAAUCACACUGAUGGAUUUAUGGACAUGGACGGACACCCAGUCAACAGAGAAAUCAGGGAUGUGAAUGCUCCUUUGACUGAAGAGGAAUCUUGAGGAAGCUUCUUUUUUUGUCUUAAACACUUAAAAAAUAUAGGUGACAUUGUACUCUUUAAGUUAAAAUUAUAAACCCAUACUGUUGGUUAAAUGGGUCAAGAUGAAUGCAAGCAUGAGCUCAUUACUGUCCAUGUGUCACAUCCCUAAAACAUUUAGUACCCACUGUUACCCACCCACACACAUUAACCUAUUAACCUACUACUUAAAGUUUAUGUAUUGAAAUAAAUGGAGACGUUUUCUCGACAGCAGAGUGGAAUGUGCAGCUUGAGUGGAACCAGAUCUGGGAUCAGAAAGAAACCACAUGUGGUCUGAUGUUCUCCUACACGGCAACAAAUGAAUGAAUGGAGCACAGGUUCAGCGGCACGUCUGAGCUGUUCGCCUCCUCAAAAUGUGACUCUGUUGUCCAAACUUUGACCUGUAGCUUCUGUAUGUCUGUAAGAGGAGCUGUAGGUUUUACUUCCAGUAGAAAUUAACAGCAUGAUUAACAUAAGAAACCAGCACAGAGUGAUAUCACUCAACGUAGAGCAGCUGGAGGUCUGACUGACACUUUAAGAAACACAGAAGUUGGACUGCACAAUCGAUUGAAAUUGUAUCGAAAUUGCAAUAUCGACUAGUGCAAUAUUCAAAUUGCAGGAAGCGUAAUCUUUUUCAAGUCAAAAUACCAUUCUCAAGUAUUGUGGUGCUGCAAGAUGUCCCACCUUACUAAUGGUAUUCUACAGACUUUACAAAAAAACUGUCUUGUAGAAAAUGCUGUAAAAAAAUGACAGUAUGAUCAUUUAAAUUAAUUUUUCAUUGAAAAUUACAGGAAUAAUGCAGAAAUGAUCAUUCUUCAAAAUCAUGAAUCAAAACGCAAUUCAGUCAAAAUAAUCGCAAUUUCAUUUUUUUUCCAAAUUGUGCAGCCCUACACUAAAGGGAAUGUUUAAAUGCCCUCUUCACAGCUGAGGUUCACUGAUAUUCAAAGAAGUGCAGAGAAUCUGAUUUUUCACAGUCUUGUUUGUACAUGUUAUCUUUACAAGGGUGAGAAAAUUGGGAAAAUCUCUCAAGUUCGAAGCUAAUUUUUAAGUCAGAUUUCUGUUUUCUUCCUACAGGCAGGUCAGGGACACUUCAGUGGGGUGUGUGAGCUUUGAUCUGAAUGAUCAGCUUUCUUACAGAACCACCCAGCUGUCUGUUUUAACCCCUGUAAGGUCAAAUCUGAUGGUCAGUGCCUGCAUGCAAAUGUUAACCUGGAAGACCAAAAAUCCCUCCCUCAGAGGUAAAUCUCACACUAUGAAAGAAGUGACAUUUAUUCGUGACUAUUAAAUCCCCAGAUUAGACACCAUCUGUGUUGAUGAACGCUUGAGUCAAUGUAACGGUUACAACACAUGCACAUUCAUGGUAUGAAAGAGUAUAAAUGUAUAAAUAUGUACAGACACCUAAAGCCAUAUUAACUACAAGAGAGAGUGGAUUUGCUGUGUGAAUGAUGGAAAUUGGACAUGUGAACCCUCAAGAUUUACAAUUAUUGUUAUUAUUAUUAUUAAUAAUAAUAAUCUCACUCAUUAUAGCAUGAUUAAAGCAGAAAACGUUAUUCAUGUCAGUGUAAUAUAAUAUAUCAUGCAACAUUAGAUAUUCUGCUGUCCGGCUCGAUUGGAUUUUUCUUCUUUUUUUUCUGAUACUGAUUGUAGUCAGGAGACUUGCAACAGAACAGCAAGUAAAACACUUUCUCUCCUGAAAGUGACCAGAACUCUAAUGAAAGUUAGCACAAUAAAAUGAAAGUAAAUAAAAUAUGGUACUCCUGAGAGGGACUGUAGACAGCUCUCCGGUUGGUGGCGUAGAAACAGCUGGGCAGACUGGAUAUCUAGUAUUUGUACAGAAAUUCUUAACUUGAUGAGUCAUUGACAUCCGUGCGCACAGUUUUCCUUCACUUUAUCUGUUGCUUUGCUCGUGUUGAAGCAGAAACAAACAGUCUAAGGUUGUGUGGCUCGUUUAUAUAAAACCCUGAUUGUCUCGUGUCAGGAUUUCAAAUUAGAGAAAUGGGUAAUGAAUCGGUGACAACCCUGGACGCUGAAUUAACGAUCACACACACACACACACACACACACACUUUUUACAUUACCUGCAGACCUGUUUGCACUGGUGGGAAUAUUACUUUUUGACAGCUGCUUUUUGAAAAUAUCACAAUGGAAAGAGUAAAACAAAUCUAUUGAGCUACAGUAUAUGAACUUCACUUAAUCUUAAUUUUCAAUAUGUUACCAGCUGUUUAAAAUUCAUGUUUUCAUCAGUGCAUUUAGGAGCUGUGAUGUAUUUUACACCAACAUCAACUCUAUGCAACUUUUGCACCUCAUUACAACAGUACAUGUCUGAUCUGUUAUUGUACAGCAGUUUUUCAUUCCAACAAACUCACACACUUCACAUAAUGAUCAGCCUCUCCGCUAUGUAUCUCCAAAUAAUGAUUUUUGCCUUCUUAGUUUAUCUUAUUAAAUUCCAAAUAAUUGGAAAAAUAUUAUAACUUUUGGGGACUACACACCCAGGACCAACUUAACUUUUCAUUCGUGUAUUGUUUUUUUUAAAUAAUAAUUCCUGUGUCAUGCUUCGUGCCUCUAUUUUCAUUCCCUUGUGUUUUUUAUUUAUGGUUAUUUAUGAUGUUUGAGGUUUUAUGAAAUAUUCCCGUUGUUUUUUCAUCUUUUUGCUUAUGUAGCUAAUCCAAACUGCUCUUAAUUUCUGUAUUUCACAUAUAAACAUGAAUCUCAAGUGUUUAUGGAGGAGCGGAGCAUCUUUUCGGGGCUUGCAGUGAGCAUCAUUCACCAGCUUGUACAUUUUACCGUGGCUGUUACAUCUGUUAGGUUUACUAGCCAGUACUGUGUGUAGGUAGACUUGUCAUUAAAAAAAGUUCUUAAAAAUCAAUCACACAAACACUACUUGAGUUGAGCUUUACACUGGUCAAAUGCUACAGUAGUAAAGGAAGCCAAAUGGGAACAAAAAAAAAAAGGUUUUUGACUGUAAGGUUAUGGAACAUAUGAAAUGGUCACAUUCACCAGUGCUGAUUCAGACUCUACCAGUCACAAGACUAAUGCUUUGUCAUUAAACUAAAUCUGUGUUGCUUUGAGUGUCGGUUCUCUGUAUAAAAAUGUCUUCUGUCGAGUCUGUCUCUUGGACUGUAUCAUGGGGUUGUCGAUGUUAUACAAGUGCUGCACAGAGGUAAUCACAAGCGAAAUGGCAUAUUAUUUUGUGCAAUUGAUUUAUUUUUAUAGUAUUUAAACAGUUUUUGGUGAGAACAUUGUACCAGAUGUUUUAUUUUGAGGUGGGGGGACUGUAAGGGGUCAUUUCCAAUCUGUGGACAGCUUGGUAGAUUAAUGAACAGUGGGGAAAUGUGUACUAAUAAAAUCCUAAUUUCAGUUUAUGA